GUGAGGACUGCUGUUCCCAGCAGUCUUUGCAGCUGCGCACACGUGGUGGAGCGGCGGACGGAGGCAUCAUGGCGGUGUUUAUGGACCUGAACGUGCCGUUUCUCCCGGACAGGAGCGACCUGCGCAGCGUCGUAGAGACGGCGGCUCACCUCGGAUUCUCCACCAUCGCACUCAACUACGUGUUUGAGCCCACAGCUAAGAAGAAACAGGAGAUCCCCACCCCGACUCCUAUCAACGAACUGAUCGAUCAGCUGCCCAUGGUGCAGGGUCGGUCUCGUCCAAUCAGAGUGCUGAACAGGCUGACGGUGUUGAUGUCAGACGCGAGUCACUUUAGGCCGAACGCUCCGGAGUACCGUUGCUUUGACCUGCUCGCUGUCCAGCCGACCUCAGAGAAACUUUUCCACGCAGCCUGCAUGGUUUAUGACAUCGACAUCAUCUGUGUGCCGAUGACGGAGAAACUUCCCUUCUUCUUCAAGAGAGCGCCGAUCAAUGGGGCCAUAGACAGAGGUGUGGUGUUCGAGGUGUCGUACUCUGCAGCCAUCAGAGACUCCACCAUGAGGCGCUACACCAUCGCCAACGCCGUCAGUCUGAUGGAGAGCUGCAAAGGAAAGAGUGUGAUUCUGUCCAGUGCAGCUCAGAAGGCUCUCGAGCUCAGAGGACCGUAUGAUGUCACCAACCUAGCUCUGCUGUUCGGUUUGUCAGACGGAGACGCCAAAGAAGCCGUUUCGUCCACCUGCAGAGCCGCUCUGCUGCACGCAGAAACCAGGAGGACAGCCAGCGGGAUCAUCUACACCACGAGGAGCCAGCGGGAGGCGCCACAGGGCUCAGAAGACGGUGAAACUCCAGCAGCCAAGAGAGCCAAACCAACGUGACCGCGAGAAUGACCGACAGUGGUGGAGGGCGGGGCAGACAGCAGAGGAGGGCGGUGCCGACUCCGGUUUCUUCUCCUGCCUCUUUUUUCCAAACUGUUGAUGGUUUUUUGUUGUUUCUGCUGACAGUUUAAAGCAAAUUCUGAGUUUAAUAAACAGUUUGAAGAAUU